GUACUUCACUUUUUUCCAUUUUGACAUUGUGGUGUGUCAUGGCCUCCAUUUCCUGAUUGACUGCAUUCCACCUGAUGUGAUUGGUCCAACAUGGUGAUUGUGGAUCGUCUUGACGGAAGCAAAGCAGAUCUUUUGCAUUGCAGUCAACCAGAGAUCACUAUCAUCUCCACGGAACCUCUGGACAACAACAACUGGUUCUCAGCAUCCCCAGUGGUCUUUCCUACCACCCCUCCAUCCAGCUGGGCUGCAGAAAUCCAGGCCCCACCGUCCUAUGAUCAGGUGAUUCAAGAAAAGACCCGAGAGGAGCACAUUGUUCGACCCACUGCAGCCCCCCGGCGUUCCCCUGACUGUACCAGCACCACCUGCUCCACGCAGACCGACCCCAUCAGGGAUAAAUCGGCCGGUAAAAAGCCACAAAAACCUCCCAGAACAUCCUUGUCCAGACCUGAAUGCUCUUCUGAAAGUGGUCCACACAAAUCAAAAGAAAGGUGGGAUUCAGGAGAUCAAUGCACCAGAUCAGUCACCUUCCACUGGAAGGCGACUGCAGCACUUGACCCACCUCCUCGUGCAACAACUUAUUCUGUUCCUACAAUAGAACUGAGUCCUGUCCCGUUUCCUCGCACAAAAUCAAGAAAACAGACAGAAGAUAACAUUCAAACUUUGAUCAAAUUUGAAGAUGAUGAGGUCCCCGCAGAUGCAGCAGAUAUUUCCUCGAAUGACUAUCUGAAAGAUCUACUGGAGGUAUUUAGUUCAAACCAAGACCAAGCAAAUCAGGAGGAAGAAGUUCAUGGAGAGAUGAACAGUCAGCGAAACAUCCAGGCCAGGAUCAAGGCCUUUGAGAGCCAGAUCGCCCCUGAGGACGGGAGUGCUAGUGAAGCGAUCAAACCGCAGCCUCUUCCGAGAAAGACUGUGAAGCCCCCGACGGUGUCCGCUAAACCUCCUCUGGCUGCCAGAUCUCUGUUGGUUCAAGACAGUCCAAAUGUAUCAAGCCAGGAUCAUAUGCCCGUUUUCAAACCUCAGCUACCGCAGGAGUCUCCAGGAAAGUCCAUGUCAGAGGAAUUGGAGACUGUGCUCACUAAGGAUGGACCACCGCACCGAUCACACCGUGCAGUGUUAACCAGGGACAACAGCAUCCACGAUGAGGAGCCUCCCUUGCCGCCAAGACCCCCAGUAAAGCACACCAAAGAACCACUAAAGCCCAAUCUCAACAUCAACAACCACAAUUCCACCACCAUCCUUAGAGAUGACGAAUAUUUUGAUACUCCAGCAAAUCCCACUCCUGUCAAGGCAAGACCAUCUGUAACAAGAAGGCCCACCACCAUAAGAGUCCGCAGCCAAACUGUCCCAGAAAGUCUUCAGGGCAAUCCUCCUCCACUUCCUGCUCGGAAACCUGUAGGCUCCCCAAACGCUACGACCAUUCCCAAGCAAAGAUCCUUACCCAGCGUCCCAACACAGGAAUUACUAAGGAACAAUCAAGUUCAGCGGGAAAACAUAAGAAAAACUCUCCCACCGCGCCCACCUCCGGCCAAACUCGGUCCUGGACGACCUCCGCCACCCAAAGUGCAGGCCACCAAGCCCCACAAAGGAUUUUUCCUGCCUCCCAGACCUGUCCAGGGCCACUGUCUCUAUGAAAAAUACACCAUUCCACAUGGAUCUGCCUCCUCGGACUUAAACGGCAGCCGUACCGCACCGCGCCGAUUCCAAGCUGACGGUCCCUCUUACAAGCAAGAAAAUGGACUACAGGUUCAAGCCUUGUAUGACUUCACUCCAGAGGGUCCAGGAGAGUUGGGUUUGAAGGCCGGUGACAUCAUCAACAUGGUGGAGCGGGUGGACAGUGAAUGGUACAGGGGCACUUGUAGAGGAUCCACUGGUUACUUCCCAGUUAACUUCGUCAAAGUGCUAUCAGAUGCACCAGCAAAUCCUGUUCCUGAGACGAAACCAAAGCCAAUUUCCAUCACGCCCAGUUACCCGGCCCGUGAUUUUGAGGGCGAGAGUGAUGUGAUCCGGCUGCAGGGCAACGUGGACAACGAGUGGGCCCAUUCGCAGACGGGCGCCACUUCCGGAAUUCUCAUCGAAGAUCUGCCCCCGCCGCCCGUUCAGCACCAGAGUCGGAGUAAUCCCAACAGGGUCACGUUUUCAAGUCCAAAGUUGUCAAAUAGCAACCAGUUUGAGGUGGGUGGCGUGAAGGGAAGGGCCAUGUACGACUUCACUUCUGACUGCGAUGAGGAGCUCUCUAUGCAGGUCGGGGACCUCAUCGUGAACCUGGAAUCCGUGGAUGACGACUGGUUCCUGGGUGACUUGAGGGGUAAACGGGCCCUCGUGCCUAAAAACUACGUUGAAGUACUCUGAUGUACUCACGACAGAUUUUUGUCAAAUGCAGUGCUUGACAACACUAAAUAUUAUCCCCUGUAUUAGAUUUAUAAUGGUUACUUAUUUGACUAAUUCUGUAACAAAAGUUGUGGUUCUUCCAUGGAUUGUAACCUAUUCCCCACUUAUCAAUCCAUACACAAUUUGUUUUGGUCUUGAAAACAAGGGAAAAUGAGAUCUUACAAAAUUAUUUCCAAGGGCACUACUUUUAUGUGUCGACAAUCAAAUAUAUAUAUUUUUUCUGAACCAUUUUUUUUUGCACCUCAUCUCUUUUUAAAGCCCAAUAAAAACAAAAAUAGCCCUU